UGUAAUAUAAUUUACGCUCACACAAACAUGUAGGAUUUGUCGUUUGUUUUUAAACUUUAAGAAAUUUUUAAAUCAUAAAGUAUUUAUACGCAUCACAUAUGUUUCGAUCGUCGAAUCCGCGGAAUUCGUCAAGUUCGUCAAUUAUAUACAUUGUACAAUUUCUUCUUGCAAUUUAUCAACUAAUAUCUAUCACAUAUAAUACUUGAUAGUGAAAGACCGAAAAGGGAAGGAUAGUCGAAAAUAAACUUUGAUAGAAUGUUGUGAUAAAACAAACUAACAAAAAGUUUGAAACAAAACCAUCAUCACGAGUGUAUCAUUACUUUUCUCAAGAGAAUUUGUAUUAAAUAUGUCUUUUAUAAAUAAAAGCUCGAAAGAAUUGCGCAAACAAGAUCUCCAAUUUCUAAGUUUUUCGGCAUAUGAUCGAAGGUCGACGAUACAUGUGUGGUAUAUGUCGUUUUCAAUAUAUUACAAAAAUGGAUUUGGAUAUACAUAUGCAAAGAGUACAUUCGAGGAUAUAUCCUGUAUGUGCAAGUGUUGCAAUGUAAUGUUCAAGACUUGGUUAAAAUUCCAGGAACACAAUAGUACAAUACAUAGAAAUUUAAUAUUUUGUCCUUAUUGUUACAAAUCACAUGUUAAUUAUGAGGAAUUGAAAUCACAUUGGAGUUUGCACGAGCCAUACGAAUGUAAAUUAUGCUACAAGACGUUCAUCUCCUGGAGGCAUUUUAAUGACCACAAAAUAUCAACACAUUGUGGGCAAGAAUGCGAUCAUUACGUGGCUAUAAUGUUAUUGGAAGAAUAAAAUUGAAAGGAAUAAAUGAUAAAUGAC